GAGAUCAGAGGGUUCACUGACUCACAGAAGGAAGAGUACUUCAGGAAGAGAUUAAGAGAUGAGGAGCAGGCCAGCAGGAUCAUCUCCCACAUCAAGACAUCACGAAGCCUCCACAUCAUGUGCCACAUCCCAGUCUUCUGCUGGAUCACUGCUACAGUUCUGGAGGAUGCGCUGCAAAUCAGAGAGGGAGGCCAGCUGCCCAAGACCCUAACUGAGAUGUAUACCCACUUCCUGGUGGUGCAGGCCAAAGUGAAGAAUGUCAAGUAUGAUGGGGGAGCUGAGACAGAUCCACACUGGAGUCCAGAGAGCAGGAAGAUGAUUGAAUCUCUGGGAAAACUAGCUUUUGAUCAGCUGCAGAAAGGAAACCUGAUCUUCUAUGAAUCAGACCUGACAGAGUGUGGUAUCGCUAACAGAGAAGCCUCAAUGUACUCAGGAGUGUUCACACAGAUCUUGAAAGAGGAGAGAGGACUGUAUCAGAACAAAGUGUUCUGUUUCAUCCAUCUGAGUGUUCAGGAGUUUCUGGCUGCUCUUUAUGUCAACCUAACCUUCAUUAACUCUGGCAUCAACCUGGUAGAAGACAAACAAACAGCAUCCAAGUGGUCUAAAUUAUUUAGGAAGAAAAAUAAUUCAAAAUAUCUCCACAGGAGUGCUGUGGAUAAGGCCUUAGAGAGUCCAAAUGGGCACCUGGACCUCUUCCUUCGCUUCCUCCUGGGUCUUUCCGUGCAGGCCAAUAAAUCUCUCCUACGAGACCUUCUGACAUGGACGGGAUGUUGCUCACGGAACAAUCAGAAAACAGUCAAGUAUAUCAAGAAGAAGAUCAAAAACAAUCUGUCCUUAGAAAAAAGCAUCAAUCUGUUCCACUGCCUGAAUGAACUGAAUGAUUGUUCUCUAAUUGAGGAGAUCCAACAGUCCCUGAGAUCAGGAAAUCUCUCCACAGAUAAACUGUCUCCUUCUCAGUGGUCAGCUCUGGUCUUCAUCUUACUGUCAUCAGAAAAAGAUUUGGAUGUGUUUGACCUGAAGAAAUACUCUGCUUCAGAGGAGACUCUUCUGAGGCUGCUGCCAGUGGUCAAAGCCUCGAACAAAGCUCUACUAAGUAGCUGUAACCUCUCAGAGAGAAGCUGCGAAGCUCUGUCCUCAGUUCUCAGCUCCCAGUCUUGUAAUCUGAGAGAAGUGGACCUGAGCAACAACAACUUGCAGGAUUCAGGAGUUAAGCUUCUGUGUGGUGGAAUGAAGAGUCCUCACGUUAAGCUGGAAAGCCUCCGACUGAGUGGUUGUGACCUCUCUGAGAAAAGCUGUGAAACUUUGUACACAGUUAUCGACUGCCAGCCGCCUAGUCUGAAAGAGCUAGACCUGAGCAACAAUGACUUGCAGGAUUCAGGAGUGAAAAUUAUGUUUGCUAGAUUGAAGAGUCAACAUUCUACACUGGUAAAACUCAGUAUAAGUGGCUGUAACCUCUCAGAGAAAAGCUGUGAAGCUCUGUCCUCAGUUCUCAGAAAACAGUUGUCUAAUCUGAGUGAGCUGGACCUGAGUAACAACAAUCUGCGGGAUUCUGGCGUGAAACUUCUUUCUACUGGAAUGAAGAGCCAACACUGCAAACUAGAAAAACUCUGGCUGAGUGGCUGUAACAUCUUAGAGAGAAGCUGUGAUGCUCUGUCCUCAGUUCUCAGCUUCCAGAACUCCACUCUGAUGGAAUUGGACCUGAGUAACAAUGACUUGAAGGAUUUAGGAGCAAAGCCUUUGUUGGCUGGACUAGAGAGGCCAGACUGUGCACUGCAAACUGUCAGGUCUCAAAUUGCUGGGACAAACACCAUGUUUAUCAAGGUUGUGGUGUUUUGGUGUUCAAGUUCUGUCCAAUUAUUUGCCUGACUCUGAUGCAAAGAGGUUGUGGUCAUUUUUGCAAUGUUUUUCAUGUAAUGCAACAACAAUUUAUGUGCUUAUGCCUUCUGCCAUAAUUUAAUGUGCGAGAAAUAUCAGUGAAACACUACUGUCCGGUGCAUGCCAAUUACUGUCAGUAACAGUCAUAGCAGCAAUGAUCACAGUCAAACACGGUUACUUUUGGCAGGAAUUGCAGCUAAUAUUUGUAUAUUUGUCUGACUGCUUUUAUAAUAUUGCACUGUGAGAUGGAUACUCCAAAUGCAACAACAGAUUCAGUGACUGUCCCGCAAGUGUCCAACCUUUCUAUUACUAAAUCAAUGCAGUUGUUAAUUUUAAUGUUAAAUUUAAACACUCUCCCAUUGCACAAUAAUAUAUGUUCGAUUUGAUUCAGUUCAGUUUAUCAAUGUAUACAGCACCGAAUCACAACAUCAGUCACCUUGAGGCAUUUUACAUUGUAAGGUAGACCCUACAAUAAUACAUACAGAAAAAAAAUCCAACACUUAUAUGACCUCAUAUGAGCAAGCACUUUGGUGUACUUAUGUGUCACGAGCAAAAGCAUGUGCUCUUUGAACACACAACAUAAUUUCUAUUCUGAAAGUAAAUGCAGUUAUGACCUUUGAACAAACUCAAGAUUGCAUGUUUUGUGCCUUGGGUUUCAUGUUGGGUUUCAUGUUGAGUCCUUGGGACUCCCCCGGCAGCCUACAACUAUUGUAGCAUAACUAAGGGAGGAUUCAGGGUCACCUGAUCCAGUCCUUACUAUAUGCUUUAGCAAAAAGGAAAAUUUGAAACCUAAUCUUAAAAGUAGAGGUAGUGUCUGUCUCCUGAAUCCAAACUGGAAGGUGGUUUCACCGAAGAGCCUGAAAACUGAAGGGUCUGCCUCACAUUCUACUUUCAAUACUCUAGUAACAACAAAUAAGCCUGCAGAGUGAGAGCGAAUUGCUCUAAUGGGGUGAUAUGGUAUUAUAAAGUCAUCAAGAUAAGAAAGGGCCUGAUUCCUUAAGACUUUGAAUGUGAGGAGCAGGAUAUUGAAUUCAAUUCUGGAUUUAAGAGCGAGCCUAUGAAGGGAAGCCAAUUUAGGAGAAAUCCUGGUCAAAAAUGACUCCAAGGUUCCUCACAAUGUCAAUGAAGGACGAAGCCAUUCUGUUGUAAUAGUUGCAGUAUGUGGUUUUGCAUUGCCCUGGUGAAUACUUCCCUGAAAUAGAUGUCAUCCGGAGGUAAGCAUAUGUUGCUCUAAAGUCUUUAUAUACAUUUCAGCUUUCAUAGUUCCUUCCAAAACAUGCAAGCUGUCCAUACAAACAAGUCAGAUGUUAUGAGGUUGUAUAAGUGCAUAUGGUAUAAAAAAAAUACAAUUCAUAUAGCCAUUUAUCAAAGAAAACUUAAUAUUGCCAAAUAUUAAGUAUUCACUGCAGCUUAAACACACUUUAACACCAGUGUCUUUUGUCGUCUUGUUAAUAUAUUUUCAGAAUGUGUGGCUGUAACCUCUCAGAAAAGAUCUGUGAAACUCUGUCCUCAGUUCUCAGCUUUCAGUCAUCUGGUCUGAGAGAACUGGGCCUGAGUAACAACAAUCUGCGGGAUU